AUGUCUCUGACUGAUCCAAAUCCUGGUUUCCUUUCAGAAGCCCCAGUGGAGCAGCACCCAGAGGACGCCAAGCCGCAGGACAAGCCGGACGAGCCCUCAAGCCUGUUCCUGCAGAAGCCAGGCCAUGUCCUUGUGGAGUGCGGGAAGGAGGUGGCGGUGCAGGUGCACGUGGACGGCUCCCAGCUCUCCGCCAAGCCGGGCGUGAAGUGGUUCAAGGGGAAGUGGCUGGAGCUGGGCAUCAAGAGCGGCCUCCGCUUCCAGUUCAAAGAGACCUACGACAAGGAGAAGAAG